CCCAUUUUAAAUAUAUUUUUUGCUGUGAAAACUUUAAGAUUUUAUAUAAUUUUUUAUUUGAAUUUGUUUAAAAAUGUCUAAUAUUCGUGCUUUACCGGAACACUUACAAAAAGCCGCAAUUGAUGAAUUAAAUGAAGUACCCGAUCGUAUUCCAGCCGAUAUUGAAGCGCUUAAGACUUGGAUAAAGCAAGAACCACAUUUAAAUAUACGUACAGAUGAUCAGUUUCUUUUGGCUUUCCUGCGUGGUUGCAAAUAUAGUUUGGAGAAAGCCAAAUCUAAAAUUGAUAAGUUCUAUACAUUGCGUACCAAAUAUCCGGAUCUAUUUCAAUGCUACGAUGUAGAUAACCCACGCUUUCGUGAAAUAUUGAAUCUUGGAGUGAUGUGCUAUGUACCAAAACUAACACCUGAUGGAAAAGCAAUUUUUAUAAUGCGUACUGGUGUUUGCUCUCCCGAUGACUAUACAUUUGAAGAAAUAUUUAGAACUGCACAAAAUAUGGCACAAAUCACACUUAUGGAAAAUGAUAAUGCAAAUAUUAAAGGAGUAAUUGGUAUAUCAGAAUUCAGUAAUGCAACAGCAGCCCAUUUUGUUCACAUAACACCAAGUUUAAUGAAGAAAUUAGCUGUGUUCUCAGAAGAAGCAAUGCCUUUACGUCAAAAAGCCGGUCACUUUCUUCAUAUGCCAAGUUUUUUUAGUUCGAUAUUUAAUGUGAUAAAGCCUAUGCUUUCAGAAAAACAACAAAAUCGGAUGUUUAUACAUGGCAAAAAUUUAGAUACAUUCUAUGCAUCAGUUCCUAAAGAAUGCUUACCAAAGGAACUUGGCGGUGAUUCUUAUUCAAUUGAUGAAGUGACAGCUUAUUGGAAUAAGAAAAUGGAUGAAUAUCGUGAUUUCUUCAAGCAGGAAUUAACAUAUGGUACUAAUGAAAGUUUAAGACGCGGCAAACCAAUUGAUUUUGAUAGCCUCUUUGGAAUGGAGGGCUCAUUCAGAAAACUAAAUGUAGACUAAUUAAAAGAAUAGUUUAAUUUUUUUAUAUAACAAUAUUAAAAAUGGUUAAUAAUAAUGUAUAA